AUCAAUGGAGCUUGCUAUUUUAAGCUUUAAUUUGAUAUAUAGUACUAAUAUAAUACUAGUAAGAAGGAAUAGUUGGCAUGCAAUGUGGGUGCCACACAGUGUUUUAGGCAGACACGACACACUCACUCCGCCGCCUUCCUUUUUGGGCUCUUCUUCUACUGGACUCCACUUCACUCUUUUAUUUGACCCAGCAGUUCAGCUACAAAUAACCCAUUUCAGGCCCAACAUAUUAUAUAAUUUUGUACUGAAGCUAAGAGGAAAUUGUGACCCUUGCUAUCAUAAAAUGAUUACUUGAUAGGAUCCAGUAUCAACGAAUAUUUUGCACGAUACUUGUUUGGAUAUUGUUAUUGAGAUCCAAAAUUUUCAGAAAUUGAAUUUUCAACACUUUAACUAAUGAACUAAGUAGUAGUAAUAGCUAAUAUAUUACAGUAAUUGCUAGAUUUAUGACAACAAUUAGUGUAUUUUAAUUGAAUUUGUUUGAGGGUAAGCGUAACUGUGUGAUCCAAGAAACAUGACAUCAAGAAGUGAAGAUGGAGAUGUACUCCUUCCACCCCCGAUUAGGAGUUUCAAUUUAUUAUUUCGAUCCAUGCAUGAUUAAGUCUCAAUUCACUUUUACUGUAAAUAGUAAAGACAAAAUACUAAUGUAGCUUGCUAGUAACUAUCGGAAAAUGGAAUCACCAAACCGUUUAGAAUAACCUUUUAAGGGAGAGAGUUGUUGUAAACCAUGAGAGUGAAGUUGAUGAGCUAGUACCUCCACUACUCAACCUCACUCACCUACUCUAUUAUUUUGUUACAUGGAAGUUGAAGUUCAAAAGAUGAGAUCAGUACAAGUAUUUAGUAAUGGUUGUAGUUCACUAACUCAAAUAUAUGAAAUAAUCAAUUCAUUUUCUUAUUCCUUAGUGUUAUAUAACUUCCCACGCAGCUUCUGGUACUAAUAAUCACAACUAAUUCAACAUCACCCCCUCUCCCCUCCCCUCAUUUAUUUAUAUACAGUAAUAUGUUAAUGUUUCUAUAGUUGUUGUAUUCCUUUCAAUGCUAUACGGCUGAAGAUUCCAUUUUUUUGUUUAUAAGUCAUGUAGUAUUGUUUUUUAUUUGUUUAUUGUUACUAAAUCAGUUAUCAUUAAUUGCCUCAGGCUAAGGCCACCCACUCUUAUUUUAUAGUUAUACUACUGCAUUCAUGAUUUUUGGUUUUAGUUUUAGAUGAUCUUCUCAGAAUUUUCAUUUGAAGCCACCUACUCUGUGUUCUAGUUCAACCAAUUUUGUGUUGCUUUUUCAUAAUCAUUGCUCACUGCAUUUAAACUCGUGUGGAGAAUUCAUUUUUCCGUCGACGUAUUGUAUCUUGCUUUCUUAACAACCCUUGUCGGUGGCACAGUCAUCUCAAUGCCGCCGGAUUUUCCCUCUCCUCCUCACUCUUCCAGUUUGCAGAGAUAUGGCAGCGAGAUGCAUAAGGAUCAUAUACUCAAUACGUCGCCAAGACCCUCCCACCAUCUUCAUUCUGAUACUCCUUUGGGGAAAACAUCUCUUCACAAGAUGUGUAGCAGUAGUGCCUCAGACACCACAAACUUGAUUAGUUCUCAUUCCCAUUACAACACAACAUCUAAGUUGCAGUCUUCUGCCGAACUGGUGAGAGAGAUUGCCACACUUGAAGUUGAAAUAUUGCGUUUGGAACAUCUUCUUCUUUCACUCUACCGGACGGCUUUUCAGCAGCAUCUCCCAAGGAUCACAGAAGACCACGUGGAAACACCUCGCGGAGGAGGAGCUCAAUUAAAUCAGCCAUCUCAGGAAACAGAAUCGAAAAUUCCAAAAGAUCAUCAAUGUGAAAGCUCCCCAACAAGUUCUUUAGGUGGACCACCUGAUUUGGUCCAUGUUUCACUUCAAAAGUCAUCAUCUGAAACUGGAAGGGAGAAGCACAGGGCUUACUCUCGGCAUCGUAGCCUUGCUGAUUACCUUGGAAAUUGUCGCACAGAUGAUGCCCUAUCUUGUCCAGCUAGACUAUCUGAAGACAUCAUAAGGUGUAUGUCGUCGAUUUACUGCAAAUUGGCCAACCCCAUGGCUACUGAGAAGAGCUGUUCGGUUUCACCUACUUCAUCCUUCUGCUCCUCCACCAGAAAUUUAUCUGGAAGUUGGAGUCCACAAUGCAAUGAUGAAGUUACACAAAGUUGCGAUUUAGAGAUACUAAAGCAGGAGAAUGGACCAUAUGCUGGUAUGGUACAAGUACUCAAGUUAUGCCUAGAUGAUGAAAGUUAUAACUAUGCUGCUGUAAUGCUUCAGAGAUUUAGAUCUCUUGUAAAGAGUCUUGAGAUUGUUGAGCCAAUGAAGAUGAGACACGAAGAGAAAUUGGCGUUUUGGAUCAAUAUUCACAAUGCCUUGGUGAUGCAUGCUUAUUUAGCGUAUGGAACUCAGCUUCCCUUGAAAAGUAGAAUGAUUGUGAAAGCUGCUUAUAACAUUGGUGGGCACUGCGUUAAUGCUUAUGACAUACAGAGCUCCAUUUUAGGAAUAAAAUCACACUAUUCUGCACCGUGGCUUCAGAAGUUGAAGGGUGGGAAGAGCAGACAUCCUUUAGCUAUAGAAUACCAGGAACCCCUCGUUCAUUUCGCAGUUUCAUCGGGGGCGUAUUCAGAUCCUGCGGUUCGAGUUUAUAGAGCAAACAGUAUAUUUGAGGAUCUCAAAGUUGCAAAGGAAGAGUUUAUACAAGCCACUGUUUAUGUGCACAAGGAAGCAAAGAUAUAUCUGCCUAGAAUUCUAGGCUACUACACCAAGGAUAUGUCGCUUACCAUGGCUGCAAUCUUGGACGUGGUGAGUGAAUGCCUGCCGGAAAUUCAGCAGAAAUCGAUGAGAGCCUGUGUCAAGGGUAGGCCAGAAAAGUAUGUGUAUUGGUUGGAACAGGCUUCAUCAUUUCGAUAUCUAAUCCACAAGGAAUUAUAGCCAAUUAAAAACACCAAAUCCAUUUUCUUUGCGUCUUUGAUUCCUUUACUGCAUUAUGAUGUAGUACAAAGUAGAGUUAGGUAGCUAGUCGGUGAAGGUGAGGGAUGUAUCCUCCCAGUCGGUGGAGGAGGAGAGCAGAGCGGAAAGAGCCAGCAAGACUUCUGAGAUGGGGGACCGUACAUCCACAUUUUGAGCUACACAGCUGCAAGCAAGCUGAGCCAUGGAGUAGGCGAGCUCCAAGGGGUAGUCGAGAUUGGGAUCCAUGGAUCCCUGCAGCUUGUCCCUCACAUUGUGUUCGCUCAACACCCCACCUAGACACAUGUUUUAAUGCACAAUUGAUAAAGUAAGAGAAAUGUAGAAAAGAAAAAUAAUUAAAGUAUUGUUAGUGGAGCCAUCUCGUUAGAGAGAAAAGAGUUUCCAAAAUUAGAUUGUGCAUAUUUUUGUGGGACAAACUAAAAGGAUAAAGUACACAAUCUUGUUGAACGGAUGAGAUAUAUAAUAGCAAGUUAAUUCUGAUUUAA